AUGUAUCCCGCCUCUGCCGAAUCCGAUAUGGGAUUGGAUAAUCGCAGACGUUUGUUUAUCACCUGGUUAAUCGAUCGUUCCGUGCAAUCUUACGCUGAGUCAUAUAAGGCUCACGCUAUGCGAGCAGAUCGCCGUUCGCAGUCACCAUCCUCGGACUCUGUCGAGUCACAAAUGUCCUCUGGUCGCGCGUCCCACCACUCGCCUGGUCGUCAUACAUACAACACAUUGGAUGUCUACACCCUAUUCACCAAUGCUGCCACAAUCUUGGCACGUCACUGGGGGUUCUCACGGGACACUGUACUCAUUCAACAUGUUAUCGCUUUAUUUGAAGCUAAUCUGGAUGAUCAGGCAGAACUGUAUUUACCUCAAGUGGAAGCUACUGGCAAUUUGGCCGCUCGUCUUUUGAUCGUUGUCGGACGUCGACUGGCAUGGUACUGCUUCGGUUCCCAAAACCCCGAGGGUGUCUCGUAUCAGCUCAGUUUACGAGCUUGUAUUCCGUUCGAUUUGGAAUCUUGGCUCCGCGGUUUGCAAUCAGACAAUUCUUCGGCUAGUUUUCGGUCGAUCACGAAUAACCGGGAUCUGGCUUCGGAGUUCGACCGAUUGGUUCCUCUGAUUGAUUACGUUGUGGAGCAUAUUCCGCACCAGGCUAGUCAAAUGCACAUCGCAGAGGCCAUGCGCGAUGCGAUCCACGCAAUGCAUGAAAUGGAUUGA